GUUGAUUUGCAUCCUUAAUGCACUGUUGUUCCCCCCCCCGCCUUCCUAUUAAACCAGUGGUGAGGAGGCUCACAUCUCCCUACGACAACAUCUACCAGCCCUUUCCGCUUGCGAACCCUCCUACUGCUUCUUCAAACGAUCCCCCACUGUCCCCAUUACCUUCCUCGAAACUGUUAUGGCUCAUCAUUCCCCUUCUCCUGCACCCACCAAUCCUCCGCGUCUUUUUAUCCGCUCGUCACUGGAUGCAUUCAUCAUCGUACAAUCCGCUUUAGAUGGUGUGUUCCCAUUGUGCACUAGGUCCUUGACCGAUGAGGAAAGGGAGAAGCUACAGUACCACGGCUCCGUCGUCGUUUGGGAUGAGACAGCCGUCGCGAACGACCCAGGGAACAAAUGCAAGGGGAAGCAGCGGUGGAAGUACACGACUCCUUGGACCCCUUCUCGUAUGCAAGGUGUAUUCCUGCUUUACAGGCAGGUGUUGCCCAGGAAAGGGUCCAAAGCUGACCACGCGCCUCCCCCGCCACACGAGCCGAAGCAAGAAGUUGACGAGGUUUUUGGUGCACACAAAGGAUACAAGGAGCACCCUGUUGGUGGUCUCAUGCGAAAGACCCUCUCCUUAGUCGUCGACAAUCGCGAGCUACACUUGAUUAAUUACUAUGACCCAUAUAAGCAGCUUGAAGAGUCUACCCGACUUCCCUCGCCUUCAUCUUCUCACCCUUACUGCCGUUAUAAAUACAACUUACAUCCGGACAUCAUUCAACACCCCCACCGGGUUCUAUCCUCCACGUUCACCGUCAACGUUCUCGGCGCUGACAAGCCGAAACUUAUUUAUGCUGGAGACGACAGGACGUCUCAGAGGGAUCUUAAGACACGGCGAGAGGAGCUUGAGGCUUUUCUCAAACUGACACUUGAGCUCGCCCCAGAGAAUUUUUCCAUCGAUUUCACGCCAGCCCCAAAGCGCGAACACGUUACAGCCUCGAUGAAGCGUCCGCGAGACGAGAGUGACGACGACGACUUCGGCGGCACAUCCGGCCGGCCGGGGCGAAAGAAGGCUCGCCAUCCCUUGGGGGCCCCGGAAGAGAAGAUGAAGGUGAAAAGGGUGAAAGAAAACGAAUACACCGAUUCCCCUUCGUCUUCGGCGGGGGAUGACGGGUCCGAUUUUCGUCCUAGUACUGGUGUCCCUAGCAGGAACGCCUCUCAGCCGCCUACGUUGGCCCAUCGUCCCAGUUUGUCCACCCCCGUUUCGCCAACGCCGCUCAGGAUCGGGCCAUCUGUGUUGAACCCAACCCCUCUCCCUCGUCAUUCCCCAGGAAUCAGGCAACAUGGAAUUACUGGUGGUCUGGUCUCUGAUGCGGGACUCGCUCAGAUAUCUCAACGACCCGCGUUGGCUUAUCCCCCCCCUCCCUAUGCUAGUCUCCCGGCGUCCAGCAUGCCGUACGGCGUACCCGUCGUCGGCCCUGCCCACAUUUCUCCCCCAUCCUCCAGACAUUAUGCUCCAUCGGCUCACUCACCUUACCCGUUGGUUUCCUACCCGACGGCUCACAUUGUGCAACCGCAUCUCUGGGCGCAUCCCUCAUUUAUCAAUGGCUUUAAGGCCUCGGCCGAUCAUCAAUCAUUUGGCACUCUAAACGGUCACCUUGAUGCCGAAGCGCCUCCUUCCCCCAUCGAGAAUGCGUUUCCACCUAUGCCGAAGCCUCUAGAGAUAGCAAUAACAACGGCUCCCCUCAGCCUUCCGGACGAGUACAGUCCAAGUGGAUCUAGUGGUGGUUAUACAAGCAAUGCUUCCGGGUAUCCAACCCCCCACCCGCAUCAUUAUCCCACGACUUUGGGUACAGUCCAUAUUCUGCGGGCACCGUUGGUGGCGAAUAUGGGUCCGAGUCUGAAGGAUGGAUGAACCCGUCUAUGUUGCUAGCUGCUCUCAACGGGGCAUCAACAUCUUUUUCUUCCAUUCCCGAUUCCUCCACAGGCAUGGCCAACGAGUCAUGGAUGCUUCAUGCGUAGCCUUCUCAUUUCAUAUGAUUUUUGGGACUACACAUUCUCUCUUCUCCGCUGUAUCAUUACUUUUCUGUAUCCCGCAAAAGUCAUCAGAUGACGCUGUGUAUUCACUCUCCU